CAGUGUAACACUGCGCACAGACAAACAAGUCACCGUCCUUCCACACCGCCCCCCCCGCCCCCAGCACAGCCAAGCCAAGCCGACAGGGAAGUAAGUGGCCGCUCUGCUUCAGAGGGAGACCGGCUGCAGGCGCCGAGAGCUGAAGCCGGUCGAGCGCAGUGAUUUGGCAGGACCCCCCGCUGCUGGAAGCCGCUGGAGAGGCGGCGUGGCCCCGGCUCAGGGAGGAAGCUGCUCAUCGGGCUCGGUCACCGGGGCUCGGCUCGGCUCGGCUACAAGGACGCGCAAGAUAUGUGUACGUGUUACUACACGAAAAGAGGGAGAUCCUUGCGUGAUUCAUUUCUUUGGGAUUAAUUUACAAUCAUGACAACGGAACCGGGCUCAGACUCUGAAUCAAAGCAGGAUCAAGAACAGAAGGAAGCCUCUGAAAAGAAAGAAGCAGCAGCUGAACAACAGCAAAGUGACGCGCAUCAGGAGGAAGACGGUAUCGACAGCCCCCCUGCAGGAAUUGGCAAUUCUGAGACAAAGGAGCAAAUUGGUGAACGAGAAAAGGAGGCAGACGGAGCUUCUGGUAAACUUACUGUGGGUCAGCAGGACGACCACCAGACUGAGGACGACAAACUCUCCCAAAAAUCCUCUUCCAGCAAGUUAUCUAAAUCUCCUCUCAAAGUUGUGAAAAAACCAAAGAACAUGCUGUGCAAAGUGACCCUACUAGAUGGCUCUGAACACACAUGUGAAGUUGAGAAACGUGCAAAGGGACAGGUUCUCUUUGACAAAGUCUGUGGGCAGCUCAAUCUUCUGGAAAAAGAUUACUUUGGUUUGACAUUUCGGGACUCUGAAAAUCAGAAGAACUGGUUGGACCCAGCCAAGGAAAUUAAAAAGCAAAUCAGAAGUGGUUUGUGGCAGUUUGCAUUCAAUGUAAAGUUUUACCCUCCGGAUCCUGCCCAGCUCUCUGAGGACAUCACCAGGUAUUACUUGUGUCUGCAGCUGAGGGAUGAUAUUGUCUCUGGACGAUUGCCAUGUUCUUUUGCCACACAUGUAUUGCUUGGUUCCUACACUGUCCAAGCAGAACUUGGAGACUAUGACCCAGAUGAAUAUGGCACUGACUACAUCAGUGAGUUUCGCUUUGCUCCGAAUGAAACUAAGGAACUGGAAGAAAAGGUGAUAGAACUACACAAAAGCCACAAGGGUAUGACACCGGCUGAAGCAGAGAUGCAUUUUUUGGAGAAUGCCAAAAAGCUGUCCAUGUAUGGAGUGGAUCUACAUCAUGCUAAGGAUUCUGAAGGAGUUGACAUCAUGCUUGGUGUGUGUGCCAGUGGCUUGCUGAUUUACAGAGACCGGCUAAGAAUAAACAGAUUUGCCUGGCCCAAGGUUCUCAAGAUCUCGUACAAACGGAAUAACUUCUAUAUCAAAAUCCGACCCAGUGAACAUGAGCAAUUUGAGAGCACCAUUGGGUUUAAACUUCCAAACCACAAAGCAGCAAAAAGGUUGUGGAAAGUGUGCAUUGAGCAUCACACAUUCUUUAGACUCGUGUCUCCUGAGCCACCUCCAAAAAAGUUCCUUACAUUGGGCUCAAAAUUCCGCUACAGUGGAAGAACACAAGCCCAGACACGGAGAGCCAGUUCUCUUAUAGACCGCCCUGCACCAUACUUUGAACGCUCUUCCAGCAAACGCUACACCAUGUCACGUAGCUUAGAUGGAGCGUCUGUAACUGAGAACCAUGAGAUGCUCAUAAAGGACUCCAUUUCAGCUUCUGAAGUAGCCACUGGUCAUUAUGGUGCGGCCAAGAGCCUAGUCUCAACUAAUCUAAUAACUACAGUGACGCCAGAGAAGAAGGCAGAAGAGGAGAAAGCAGAGGAAGAGGAGAAAAAAGCAAAGAUUGAUGUUACUCCAUCACUCACACCGGUCAAGCAUGAAAUAAAGACCUCAUUCUUUGGCACAGAUUCAUUUUGCUCUUCCUCUUGCUCUCUGCCUUUGCACUGUGACUCUCCUGUGUCAUCAAUGAGUGUUCAUAGGAGAUGUACAGAGAAUGUUUCAAAAUCAGCUAGUUGUCUUAAGGCUGAAGACCCCAGAAGUACUUCUCAUCCAUUAUUGGACUAUGAUUCUUCAAACUAUGUUGAUAAAAAAGCAAUGGGAUUUAAAAGGGACCAAGAUCUAGGGCCUAAAUCUAGGAAAGGAGGAACCUUGUUUUCGUUCUCCUUGCAUCUCCCAGCAUCAUUCUCUUUGCUAGAUGAUGAUGGCUACCUUACCUUCCCUAGCUUCUCUGAUGCCAGUUUCUUACCUGAAAGUUUCCAACGUUAUCUGCCCAUUCAAUCCCCAUCACUUGUCCCCUGUUUUCUUUUCAUUUUCUUCUUCCUGCUCUCAGCCUCUUUCUCUGUACCUUUGGCUCUCACUCUCUCCUUCCCUCUUGCUAUAUGCCUGUGCUACCUGGAGCCCAGGGCAGCCUCCUUGAGUGCCUCAGUUGACAAUGACCUGAGUGACAGUUCAGAGGAAGAGACUGACAGUGAGCAGACUGACACCACGGCUCCUGCUGAUGGGGAAACUACCGCAGAGUCUGAUCAAGAGGAUGAAACGGAAUCCAAGAUCCAGAAUAGUCUUGUAAAGCGAAUCAAAGGUGAAAAUGUGUAUGUCAAACAUAGUAAUCUUAUGUUAGAGGACUUUGACAAAACUCAGGAAGAGGUGGUUAAGCACCAUGCCAGCAUAAAUGAGAUGAAAAGAACAUUCCUGGAAUCUACAUCUGAAAGCGGACCGGACGAAUGGGAAAAGAGGUUAUCUGCCUCUCCAGUUAGAUCCUUUUCAAAGACUGAGGACUUGCCUAUGAUCGAGCCCCUUAUGCCUGAGGAGCAGACCAAAGAGGAUGCUGGUGAGACACUACAAAGCAAGUCUGUGUAUGGACAGAGUGUUGCUGGCCCUGACACUUCUGUGGUGAAAGAUGAUGAAAGACUAGUAAAGGCUGGAGAAGAGGAGGUGAUGGACAAGGAGCCAACUAUUAGUCAUAGCAGCAUGGUGUCUCAUGAAGUUGUGGUCAACAAAACAGUCUCAUCUCCCCCAGAGAAAAUUUUGCUGUCUACAUUGGAAGAAACUGACAUUUCAAAGAAGGGGGAAACAAAAAGAGGUGAUGCUGAAGGUAGCCUGAAAGCUAAAGAAACUGCAAGACAGCGAGGAAUUGAAAGCUCUUAUAUGGGGCCAGCCAUGCAGAAGUAUGAGACCUCAAUGACCAAAUGGAAGACUAGUGAAGAGCCAAUGUUUACCAUUGCUACGGCACACUAUUUUACUGAGUCAACGGGAUCAAGAUUAUUGACAAAGCAGUCUGGUUCGGAAGUAACUUCAAAAAAUGUAGACGUCUCCAAUCUAAUAGAUUCAGCACGAAAACAAAUGGAUGCAAAGGAAUGGGCUUCUGCUUCGUCAUACGGCUGGGCUCAGAAAUCUGAAAUGAAAUCUGAAAUGAAUUGGGAAGUAAGUUCCAAAGUGGUGCAACAUGAAACCCACGAAGAGGAGAAGACGAUGAAGCUUAUGCAGGAAACAAUGGUGAUGGAAGAGGAGCAUGUGAUGAAUGUGCAUGCAAGCGAGGAUGCUUCUGCUCUAUGUGCUAAGCUGGCAGGAGUUGAGAGGGAUACUAUAGCAGAGGCGAGCAAAGCUCAGUCAUCUGGUGAUGCGGGGGACCUGAGUUGCCCGGUGACCAUGGAAACCAAAGAGGAGAAGAGGGAGAUGGCGAGUCCCAAAGUGGAUAAAGCGGUAACUGAAGUUGCAGAAGUACCUGCUUCUGCUCAAGGGUGGGAGGAACAGCCUGAAAUGAUAGGCAAGCCUUCAGAUAAAUCUGAAGAAAAACCUCAGUUUGAGCCACCUGUUGUGAAAACAGAAACUGUCAGCUUUGGCAGUAUGUGUCAGGAGGAUGGGAAGGAAAUCUGCACCAAGGAUGUCCCUGUAGUUCACACUGAGACUAAAACAAUCACCUAUGAAUCAGCAAAGUUGGAUUCGAGUGCUGACAGUGACCCCGGAGUUCUAAUGAGCGCUCAGACGAUCACCUCAGAAACUUCAAGUACUACAACCACUACACACAUCACCAAGACUGUGAAAGGAGGAGUUUCAGAAACACGCAUUGAGAAACGAAUUGUCAUUACAGGAGAUGCUGACAUUGACCAUGAUCAGGCCCUGGCUCAGGCAAUUAAAGAGGCCAAAGAGCAGCACCCUGAUAUGUCUGUGACCAAAGUAGUGGUACACAAAGAGACAGAGAUCACGCCAGAAGACGGAGAUGAUUGACCGCAGGAGUAACCACAUCUUCACAAAAGAAGUACUGCAUACAUAUCAUUAGGAAUGAUUUUGGAGUCUAAAUGGAGUCAUAUACAUGACUUCAUUUGUCCUGAAUCCAUCCACUAAUGACCUUUCGCAUCAAGCAUACUGGAGCACGUUGUAUGAGGACCCUCUCACUAAAUAAGAACAUUGGCAAAAACCUCAUUCCAGCAUAUCCAAACGGCAGAUGAAUAUUGCAUGAUUAGAAUAAACCUUUGUCACAAAAGGAAUAAUGAAAAAAGCAUUUUCCAAAUUCGUAUAGUAAGGCGUCCACAUCUCUUAAGUUAUCAUUUUAUCAGCUGGUUUAAACAACAAAGGAUACAUCAGAUCAUUAAUGUUUUAAAAGAAAUGGGAAAAUCCUUCCUUUGACAAUUUAAAGAAAUACUAUAGCUGAUAUUAAGAUAAAUAAGUUGGCAGUAAUUCAUUUUAAUUGUACUUGGUUUCAUUUAUAAGCAAGUAAUUUUCACCCCAAAGCUGGUGAAAAAUGUUAAUUGUUUUGAGGGAUUAUGUCAUACCUUACAGUAGAUGUGCCAAUGGCAGUGCAAGUCCAUAUCUAUUAUCAUACUAAGCAACUUGAAGCUUAUAACUGGAAACCUUGAUAUACAAUGGUAAUGCCUGUGAAAACAUAAAUAACCUUACACAGAUUAGAACAACUUGUUUUGCUGCAUCUUGUGCUUUGUCAGCAUAAUUUGAUGUCACCUAACAGAUUUUUUUUAAAGAAGUAUAUAUAUAUAUAUAAAUAUAUAUUUUACUUGAAUGAUUUGGUUUUGUUAGAUGAGCACAUUCUUUUAAGUUAGAUCCAAAGGGCCAGGUAGAGUAAUCCAUCAAUAGUGGUAGAUGUUGACUUCCUUUAGAGGAGAUGUCAGUAUUCCUUUUUAAACUGAGUCUGUUUUGCUCGGUUUAUGUUGCAAGUGAAUGUGUCUGCUCUAGAAGGAAUUUCUCUGUUUACUACCUGUGACCUCCUUUUUCAUCAUUGACUAUGACGGCAUUGAUUCUUCAUAAACACUCUGUGUAGACUCCAGAUUCAGAGCAAAGCCUUAAACUAAACAGAACAUAAUAGCAAAUCCCAUUGAAAGCUUUCAAAUCAUGAAGCGUUUAUGAUUUACAGAAGACCACACAGCUAACUAAUAGGGUAUUAUACUUUCAUUAAAUUUUUUGCUGCGAUGUAAUAAAUGUUGAAUGUAUGUUUCUUCAUGGUGAAAUAAAAGUGGUAAAGGCA